CAUAAGUACAUGGCCCUAUCUAUGUGACCAAGACCAACUAACUUUCCAGUCCCAACUUACAUCUAAUUAGCUUGGUAGACCCUAGCUAUAGUUAACCACACCUUCCAUUCUCUAUAUGUAUUGCUCCAUCUUAUGAGCUGUAAACUCCAUAAUCCAUAUAUCCAUCUCCAAACAUACCCACCACUCUGUCUUCCUAGAAUCGUGUUACCUUAACUUAGCACAAUUUCAUAACGAUUAAUAUUCAUUAUCAUAUUCCAUAAUGCCAUCUGUUCACUCUAGUCCAUGCUAUCCAAUGGAAAAUCCAGCAAUAGCAUCACUCCUUCGCCAUACAACAGGCGAUCAAAAGCGCAACAAAUUCUCCGCUGGUGGACUCUUAAAGAUGUUCAAACUCUUCCCUAUGUUAACAUCUGGUUGCAAAAUGGUAGCACUAUUAGGAAGACCAAGAAAGCCUAUGUUAAAAGACAGUGCCACAACAGGAACAAUCUUUGGUUACAGAAAAGGAAGAGUAAGCAUAGCAAUACAAGAAGAUACGCGACAAAUGCCGAUUUUUCUCAUUGAGUUACCAAUGCUAACAAGUGCUUUGAACAAAGAAAUGUCGUCUGAUAUCGUUAGAAUCGCGUUGGAAAGUGAGACGAAAACGAAUAAGAAGAAGUUGUUGGAAGAGUUUGUUUGGGCUGUUUAUUGUAAUGGAAGAAAAGUUGGGUAUUCAAUUAGGAGGAAACAAAUGGGUGAUGAAGAACUUCAAGUUAUGCAACAUUUGAGAGGUGUGUCCAUGGGAGCAGGGGUGUUACCAACCGCAUCUGAUCAUAAGGAAAGUUCUGAUGGUGACCAAAUGACUUAUAUGAGAGGUAGAUUUGAAAGAGUAAUUGGUUCUAAGGAUUCUGAAGCUUUUUAUAUGAUUAAUCCUGAUAAUAAUAUUAAUAAUGGUGCUCAAGGACCUGAGUUUAGUAUCUUUUUUGUUAGAGCUCACUAGGAUUCUUGUAUUAUAAUAUGUUAAUGUGUAUGUAUCAUCAUAUUGAAUAUCAUUACUUCUAAGCUCGAGCUUUUUUAAAAGUGGCAUUAAAUGAAUAACCAUGUCACUCUCUCAAUUCUUAUAUAGUGUUUCCUUCACCUUAA